GAAAAAGAAAAAAGAAAGAAUGAGAAGUUUGGUGAUUGCUGAUUUUAUUUUUGGCUUCUUGCAGGAAGAAGAAACUUUCAAGAAAACGCAAUCUCUCUGUCUCUGUCUUCUAUAGAUUUUGCUCUACUUUCACAAGUACAGAUCACAUAGAGAAGACUGGAGAGUUUCUAAAGUAUCAAGUUUUGAAUGACUAUUGUCUCUGCAAAUUGAAGAAAUCUUUGGUUAUGGACGUUCUUACAUUCAAUAUAGCAAGUUGUCAUCGUGUUACGAAUUUGAGGUGGAAAUUAGUUGGUAGAAGCUCAAAUUCAUGUAAAACAAAGGUUCCUAUUAGUACAAAAUCUCAAGUCUUAUGUGCUAGAAUUGAUAACAGAAGUGGGUCACUGCGAUUUUCUAAUAUUAAUAAGUUCUUCUUGGGGAAUCUUGAUCAAGGGGAAGGUUCUGGGUUGUUUAAUGCCCCUGAAGGCUCCAGAGUUGUUGACUUUAAGGUUUUGAGUGGCAACUAUAAUAGUACUUAUGUGAUCGAUGGGGAUAAGGACGUGGAGAGCAUUUCAGGAAGUGGUGAAUCAACAAAGGUUUUGAUUCCUGGGUUGCCAGAUGAAUCUAAUGGUGAAUAUGCUGCUCCCAUUGAAAGCUGUGUUUGGAAAUGGAAGCCUAAACUCAAUGUGUAUUAUGAGAAAGCUGGGUGUGAAAAUGUGAAAUCUCCACCAGUGCUGUUUCUUCCUGGUUUUGGCGUUGGUUCCUUUCAUUAUGAGAAUCAAUUGAAGGAUUUAGGGAGGGACUAUAGAGUUUGGGCAAUUGAUUUUCUUGGACAAGGCAUGUCCUUGCCAGUUGAGAAUCCCACUCCACUGUUGAAGGAAGGGAGUACAUUAGAAGGAAAGAACUUUUGGGGUUUUGGAGAUGAAGCUGAACCAUGGGCCAAUGAGCUUGUGUACUCCAUGGAUUUAUGGCGAGAUCAAGUUCGAUACUUCAUAGAAGAGGUCAUUGGGGAACCAGUUUAUAUUGUGGGGAACUCGCUAGGAGGAUUUGUGGCACUAUACUUUGCAGCAAACAACCCUCAAUUGGUGAAAGGUGUUACAUUGCUAAAUGCAACCCCUUUUUGGGGAUUUCUUCCUAAUCCUAUAAGAUCUCCAAGACUAGCAAGGGUUUUUCCAUGGUCUGGAACAUUUCCUCUACCUGCAGGUGUGAGAAAGCUCAUUGAAUUCUGUUGGCAGAAAAUAAGUGAUCCUAAAAGUAUAGCAGAAGUACUUAAACAAGUUUAUGCAGAUCAUUCUACAAAUGUUGACCAAGUGUUUUCUCGUAUUCUUGAGAUUACUCAACAUCCUGCAGCGGCCGCAUCAUUUGCUUCAAUUAUGUUUGCUCCUCAGGGCGAACUGUCAUUUAGGGAAUCUUUAAUGCGGUGUAAAAUGAACAAUCUUCCUAUCUGUCUUAUGUACGGAAAAGAGGACCCAUGGGUGAAGCCCAUCUGGGGUCUUCAGGUGAAACAACAGGUGCCUGAAGCUCCUUAUUACGAGAUCAGCCCAGCCGGUCACUGCCCUCAUGAUGAAGUGCCUGAGGUUGUAAAUUACCUACUUCGAGGAUGGAUCAACAACGUCGAGUCUCGUGGUUCAGUUCCGCUACCUUUGCUUGAUGAUACAGAGACUACUCGGAAUAGCAUUUCCAGAGACUUGGAAUUUCCAAGACAAGGAUCAAGAAAAUCAGUGAAAAUUCGGUUCUUUGGAUCAAAGUUCUCUAUUUGGAACUGGAUUAGUUUUAACAUUCAGUCUCAGAUUGCAAGAUUGGCAACCAAAUCUUGAUAAAACAGAGCUAUCUUACACAAAGCACAAUGUAAAUACAUAGAUUUUUUUUCUUCAUAUAUUUGAAUUCAAUUUGUAUAUGUACUUUGAAAUUGCUCUAAUAUAUUUUUUUUUCCUGGAAUAUUUA